AUGAAUCACACAACCCUAGGCCAUGACCCCUCUCACCUCUCUCUGCAAACAACCAACAAAGACCAUCUCUCAUCUAUCAUCUCUCGCCAUUGCCGCCUAGAGAAGAGAAUCCGAGUCAAGAUAUCCCAAUCCUUGAGCGGCAUUGCAACUGGAGCCGAUCUGAAGCAGGUUGACCUCGACCAGGGAGGAGAGGAAAGGAGAUCUAGCACCGACGAUUCUAGUGUUGACAUCUUGGCGGCAACGUGCUCAACGGCGGCUUGUGGAGUGGGUAGAGCAGAUCCGACGGCGGCGUACCACUUCCCUUCCUUCUCUCUCGUCGUUACUCCUUGCCGUCAUAGCCACUUUCCUUCCUCCCCUCCAUCUGGGUUUGAAUUGAUUUUGGUGGUGUGA